AGAACCAAACGAAGUGGAGAGCCAGAGGUUGAUCUCUGGCCUCCACAUGUACCCACACACAGAUGAGCAUGCACUGUGGUGGGUGGGAGUAGGUGUCCGUCUGCCUACAAUAAUAUCGUGUGCCACACAAGAAUGGAAACUGCCAUCCUGACAGCAACCACAGGAUUAACGUGACUCUGGAGAACAGAGACACAGAAACAAGAGUGGCAAAGCCAAAGACCAACCACCCUACCUUCUGAUCUCUUCACGUAGAAAGUGUCUUGUGGGUUAAAUGCAUUGGGUGGGGAUUGCAGAUAAAUGAUCUUAAGACACAGCAUCCUUUACAGAUGCUCUGAGAUUCACUGACUUGCAUUCACGUGUAUGACUCCAGCGUGUGUCUCAAGGACUCUCUAGGCAGUGUGUAGUUGUUUUUUUUGUUGUUUGCUUUUUUACUCUUUUGCUUUUUGGGGGGCCCACCACCCAAAUUAAUCACAUGGAGUCUUAUUAUUACUUAUAAAUGCCUGGCCUUAGCUUGGCUUAUUUCUAGCCAGCUUCUCUUUUCUUUUUCUUUUCUCUCUUUUUUUAUUUUUUGAGACAAUGUUUCUCUGUGUAGUUUUGUGCCUUUCCUGGAACUCACUCUGUAGCCCAGGCUGCUAGCCAGCUUUUUUUUAACUUACAUGAUCCUGGCUACCUUUUGCCUCUGGACUUUUUCCUUUUAUUACUUCUGUAUAUCUUACUUUCACUCUUGCUCCAUGACUGGCCGGGUAGCUGGGUGGCCAGGUGGCCGGGUGGCCGGGUGGCUGGCCCCUGCUGUCCUCCUCCUCUCACUCCCAGAUCUUGCUCCUUCUUUUUCUCCUUCUAUCUAUCCUCUCUGCCUGCCAGCCCCGCCUAUCCUUUCCCCUGCCUUGCUAUUGGCUGUUCAGCACUUUAUUAGACCAAUCAGGUGUUUUAGACAGGCAAAGUAACACAGCUUCACAGAGUUAAACAAAUGCAACAUAUCUUUGCUUCAUUAAACAAAUGUUCCACCAUAAGUAAAUGUAACACAUCUUAAAGUAAGAUUCUACAACAGCAGGACUCCAUGCUCCUCCUGCUAACCACCUCCUUAUGAACAGGGAUUUUUCAACUGGAAAGUUAACAGGACAUUUUUUGUUAUUAGUUUGCCUUAUUGAAGCCUUUUGGACACAUUUUCCUAGGAAAUAUUUACCAAUCUAAUUCAAAAGUUUUUACUUCAUUUUCCCUUUUAGAAACUUGUCUUACAAGCCCAGUGUUCAGGGGCAGGUAACCAUAAUGGCUGGUGCUUCCUGAACACUUUCUGUGCAGCGGGCACUUACAGGCCAGCCUCACAAGAGCCUUCAUAGUGACACAGUUUUUCCUUCAUAGUGUUUACUUUACUCCCUUUUUAAGGACUUGACUUUAUUAUUUAUUUUAAAACUAUAUAUUUAUUAUGACUGUCUAUACCUUCUCUUUUCUCUCCCAAGCCUACAUAUAUUUUUAAACACACUGUGAACCAUUUAGAGUUUCUUGUUUCUUUGUUUGUUUUUGUUGUUGUUUUGGUCUGAAUCUGUCUUUACUGCAUAUCUCUGUCUUUUUCUGACCACAUGAGCAUUUAAUCUGCUAAGCAGGCAUGACUAGGAUUAAAGCAGCAGGCUCUACCCCAUUCCUUGGCUUCCUAAGAGUCUAGCUUCAUGGCAGAGGUACUGGCAGGAGCCAGGUGUAUCACCCCCAACUCUGGGGAGGUUUUAGGUCCACGCCGCCACUGGGUAGUGCAGUGUUGGUUGCUCGUAAACAUCAUAAAGUAUUUGGUAGCAGGGCCUCUUAAAAGAGCUGCUGGGUUUUGCUGCUAAUGCUGAGUCAGGACACUGUCUCUUAAAGGAGCCGCCCCCCUGCUCAUCGCUAGCAAACAAAGCCCACCAAGAAGCUGUGUUGACUUCGUUUUUGUGUUUAGAAUCCUUUUUUAAGCUUUCUCGGGUUUUAUGUGGGAAUUGUUGCCAAAUGUUUGGGUGCCACAUAUUGGUGGAAGUUUCUCUCUUGCCUACCUCUUCCCAAAUACACAGCGGCCACUUCUUAAAUGAUUGACUCUGAGGCUUAGUAUUGUUUAUGGACUGUUUGGCCAGUGGCUCAGGCUAAUUACUGACUAGCUCUUACAUUUAAAUUAACCCAUAAUUCUUAUCUAUGUUUAGCCACGUGGCUUGGUACCUUUUCUCAGUGAGGCAUUCUCAUCUUGCUUCCUCUCUGGCUGGCUGGCGACUCCUGACUCCACCCUCCUUCUUCCCAGUCUCGGUUUGGCUUUCCCACCUAACUUCCUGCCCAGCUAUCACUGGCCAAUCAGUGUUUUAUUAAACCAAUUCAAGUGGCAAAUCUUUACAGUGUACAAGACGAUUAUUCCACAGCAGUUUUUAUUGUUUGAAAAUUUUAUAUAUGUAUAUAUUUCAUGUAUACAAUGUAUUUUGAUCAUAAACCUCCCACUCAACCCCCAACUCCUCCCAGAUUCAUCCCCUACCAACAUCCUACCCAAGGAGUGUCAUUUGUACUGCCUACACACUCCUGGGUGUGGGACCACACCUUGGAUCAGGGUCUACCCACAAGGGGACACCCCCUUAAAGACAAUUCACUCUCCCUCCCCAGGAGCCACCAGCUGUUGAAAGAUCCUCAGCUCUGAGUCCGGACUCACGAGCUCCCCUUCCUCCAUGCUGGAACGUUGACUGGCUAGAUCGAGUGAAAGCAUGCACAGCUGGUGUGAGUUCCUGAGUGCAGCCAUCCAGUCAUGUCUGGAAGACACCGUCUCCACUCUGGUCCUCCCUGCCCUCAGGCUCCUAUGGGCUUUCUGUACUUGUCACGGUCUCUGGGCUUUGAGGAGAAAGGAUGUGAUAUAAGUGUUCUAUUUGUCACUGAGCAUCCCCCAGACACACUCUGCACUUUGACCACUCCCCAUACUAUUUCACACGUGAAUAAAGAGGGGCACAGAAAGUCUGAGUUGCUUGCCCAAAGUCACACAGCUGAUAACACAGAACCCUGGCCUUCAAACCUGAACAGUUGGCUCCUACCAUCAUGCUCUAUGGCUGUGCUGUGGUUAGACACGCUGUCGUAUCCCCAGCUGAAGAACUACAGCCCAGUCUCCACAGAGUGGUCAGAGAAGUCUUCAGAGAAGUAGUCAAAUCUACUUAAGCUUCAGCUAAUACCUGACUACUCUGGGCCUAUCAGUGUAGUCCAGAGAAUGAUCCAAAAGAUGCCCACAGCCCACGGGCUCUGCUUCUUCCCAGUGCUCAUGCCACCCCUGCUCCCCACUCCCACCCCUGAAACUGGAUACUCCCACUGCCUCGCCUUCAGUCCAUUCCUCUACCACAUCACACCUUUACAGCUCAGGGCCUUUGCGUCUGCUGUUCUUUAGCUCAGAGUGAGCACAUUUUCCACUUCCUCAGACAGACAGAUGACAGACACACACCCCAAACUCACCACCUCUUGCUCCUGGAUAAUUUAUUUUAUUAGUUAAUUUCUUAUGCUUAAUUAUUUAUACUUUAAGUUUCAAGUAGUCUCUUUCUUUAGAGGGGUCUGGGCUAAAAGUCUAAAUCGCCCCUCCCCUUGCUAGACCUUCCUCGCUUCUUCCCCCAUGGCAGAGUGUGGCGCUCACAACACAAUUUGCUCCUACCCACCACGUGGGUGCCCAGGAUGGAACUCAGGUCAUCAGGCUUGGCAGCAAGAUGGCAGCAGAGCCAUCUCAUCCCCCCACGGCUUCGCUGUGACAUUUAUCAGAGGGUAUCACUUUAUUUGUUUGUGGGAUUAUGUGCUUGGUCUCUGCCCUCCCUGAAGACAGGGUAGCUCUACAUGGGUGCCACCAGGGCUGUUGUCACCGCUGUAUCUGCAAUGACAGGGUCAGCUCUGCAUGUGUGUGGCUGUUGUCACCGCCAUAUCUGCAAUGACAGGGUCAGCUCUGCAUGUGUGUGGCGGUUGUCACCACCGUAUCUAUAGUGACAGGCACGUGUAGCCAUAGUGAAAUAGUCACAGGAAGGAAGAAAACAAGAAGCUGAGGGGGAAGGAGAGUCGGGAGGGAAGAGAAGGAAAACCGGACACAGAGCAAGGAGGCGAGGAGAGGAAAGGGAGGGAAUGUGGGGCCACAUGGAAGUUUUCUGAUAGAAAAACCUUUCUCUACUUGGGCAGCCACUGACUAGACAAAUGAUUCCUUUCCUUGCUAGCUCGCUCUUGUUCUCUCUCUCUCCCUCCCUCUCCUCUCCCCAUCUUUCUUUCUUCAUAUUUCUUUCUUCUUUUUAAUGUUUAUAAAAAAAUCUGAAUGAUUCAAUAAGAGCAGUCUUUAAAAAUUAAAUUAUCCUUCAAAUCUAAAGGAAAGCAUGUGUGCUGGGCCAGCUGGAUACUGUUACCGUUGUAUGAUGAAGAGCCACAGGCCUUUCCCUCCCCCAUCCCUUCACCUUCCCACACAUGUAAAUGGAUCUCCAUAAGCCCUCUGCAUUCUGGUGCAGCCACACCCACCACGGCAGAUCGCAGAGCUGGACAAUCAGAUUUUAGAAAAACCAGCUGGACAAGGGGAUGAUUUUCUUCUUGGGGUUAAGUGGCUGUAGAGUUGUGUUGUGGGUUCAAGAGAUUCAUACACGUUUUUCUUUAAGUGAAUUAACAAAAGAACCGGUGAGAAAAAAACAUGAAGUUUUUUUCACUAAUCUGUACAAUUAGUGAACUACUUCCAGCGAGAACCAGUAAGGUGUAGGGUAAGCUGGGAGAGCAGCAGAACUCACCCACCUGGUCUGCACAAUAAACAGUCUGGCUCUGGGGCGGUGGCUCUUCGAUAAAAGCACUUGCUGUGUAAGGAUGACCGGAAGAGCUGUGUUCAGGUCCCCAGAGCCCACAGAAAAGGACAGACGAAGCAUGGCAAGGUCUGCGAUCCCAGUGCAGCCCUCUAGAGGGAGGCAGAAACAGGAGGCCUCCAGAAGUUCACGGUUAGUGAGCCGUGGUCUCACAAGGUAGAGACCCUGUCUCAAGAGGAGAACCAACACUGAACAUUGUCCUCAGAUCUCCAGAUAUGUGCCAGGGUAUACACUGACAGUUCCCCACGUGAGCAAGAGCACAUCCACACACACUCAUCCACACAUCCACACACACACACACACACACACAUCCACACACACACACAUCCACACACACACUCAUCCACACAUCCACACAUACACACACACACACACACACACACAUCCACACACACACAUUCACACAGAGACAAAAUAAUAUAAAUAAAAUAAUCAAGUGUCUUUUUCAAUCCUUCCUUUCCAAAUUUGUAAAUAUAUAUAAUAGAUAGAUAGAUAUAGAUAUAGAUUAUAUAGAUAUAGAUAUUCUAGAUUCUCAAAUCUAGAACAAGCGCAGCUACUUAGGACACACAACUGUAUUCAAGGAGAAUUGUCCUGAAAUUUAUUCUGUAGAGUACUGCAUUAGGAACUAAGAUGCUAUUCAUUAACAAAAUUCUUGUGUUGCAGCCUACGCUAUGGACUCAAGCUCCCCCAGAUUAGAAAGCACACAGUAAGAUACACUAAGUACAGAUACAGCAGGAAAUGCCUUGUAUCGUCUCUACUUGACUGGCUUCUAAACUAAUACUAUCAAUCAUACAUAAAUUAUACGUUUCUUCUUCUCUACUCCUCAACUAGUUCUGGAAGUUUCCACUUGGAAUCGUCUUUUCUGUGCAGUUCUGGGCCAUUUGUUAAACGAGUGUCACACACCAUAAAGAAAAUGAGGGCUAAGGAAGACUUUAGAGGUCACUGAGUGUUGAUCCUAUGAAUAAAAAAGGAAGCUGAGGGUCACAUAAGUUAGGUCACUGGGCAAAGCCACAAAGCUUUCAAUCACUUAAUCAAUAAGGAGGCAAGAAAGGCGUUUUCAUCACUUCUACAUCCUCAGUCCAAGUAGAUCAUUCUUUUUCUCUUGGGUUUCUUCAUUUCAUUUGUUCAUCCAUCUAUCCAUCCACCCAUCCAUUCAUUCACUCAUUCAUUCAUGCCACACAAGCUUACUGAGUUCCCAGGAGGUGGCAAGUACUGUCAAGAAGAUGGCAGAAAGAAAAACAGAGAUUGCUACCUUCAUAGAGUGUAUGCUCCAGGAAUUCAGAGUAAGUUAAAUUCCUGAUUCUACGUUCCACUUAAGGUUGCUUAAAAAAAAAAAAAUCAAUUCUCAGAAACCACCUAAGUAAAACCAAGGUAUGGAGCCAAUGUCUGCUGGACAUAAUUUGAGGCAUGUGGCAGCUGCCAACACAGGCGGGUCCCAUUGCCUUCACAGAGACAUGGAAGUGAGUGGGAUACGCUGGGUUUUUUAAAGACAAAGCAAACUCCACGAGAAGACAACGUCUCAGCACACUGCCCAGAUUCAGCAGGCUCAUCUCCUGACAAGGUUUUCCAGCCGGGCGAGAGGACACUGGGCUUUUGGCAGGCAUCCGAACGGCUUGCGGAGGGAUGGACUCCCUGCCUGCAAGCGUUUAGCUCACAGCUGUUGGAAAUGAACAAUGUCAAAAUACACCCUCCUAAGAACCAAGGCACUCACAUCAAAGCUGCAGGGAGAACCCGGGGUUAAAGUGGGUCCCCAGAGCACAGGGGAAGCCACCCGAAGGAGACCCUGAACCACGCAGAAGACUUAGCGGCCUGGCUUCACGGUAUGGCUGUAAAUGAUCUCCAGCAUGUUUUAAUAGGACACACAGCCACUGCGACGGCUUCAUUCUGCAUGGGACAACUCUUUAUAAAGUUUUGUUCUCAUCUGUGCUCCUCGCUCCUGGUGCUGGGGACCCAUGUGGUACCUCCGCAAUAAAAUCUUGGAAAGUGCUCCCUUGGGGCUUUGCCUUGCUCCUUUCUGAAGCCAAGUUUCAUAUUUGUGACAACAGUAAAAACAGUUGCUUCUUUUUUUAAGCAUAUAUAUAUAUCAAAGGAGACUGAAUCACACAGUGAAUUUGGAAGAAAAUGUAAGACGUUUAGGGUGGGGCUAGUGAUUUUUUUCCCUUUGUCUCAUAAAGACUUAGAAUUUCUUUCCUAUUGUUAAAUAUUGCAUAAAGCCAAAAUGUUAGAUGUAGAUUAAUGGUUUGCAUUCUCUUUAAAAAUACAGCUACAGCCUGUGAGAUGACUUAAUGGGUACCUCAGACUUACUCCCUGAGUUCAAUCACCAAGACCCAAUCAAAAGGAGAGAAUGAACAUCCAUAUGUUUUCUCUCUCUCUCUCUCUCUCUCUGUCUCUCUCUCUCUCUCUCUCUCUCACACACACACACACAUACACACACAAAAGAAAUAAAUAGUUGUAAAAAUUAUAAUAACAUGUAUUUUAUACUUUAUAUUCAACCAGUGGAAAAAAAAUAAACCUUUAUUAUCCAGAUUUAGAAUAUUUAGGAGAAAAAAAUUAACUACUUCACUAAUCACAUCAACUAUUAUAUAAUAUUAAAAUAUUUAUGUCCACUCUUUAAAAGAAUAUGUUUGAUUCUUGCCCAUAGUCAUAUAUUUUAUACUAUUUAAGUAGAAAGAUUUAUUUUAUUUAAAAAAGACAUGUAUUUUCUUUAAGCCAGUAUUUUGAAAGGUCGUGUUUCUUUGUUUCCCUGGUUCAAGCAGACGCACCGUGUACCGCCCACAAAGGGAUGCCAAAGCUGCAACGGGACCAUUGGCUACAAGGCUGCUUGAGCGGCCUUGUCAAGGGGGUGUGGGGAGGUGGUGUCAGAACUGCAAGCAAUUGUUUAUGGCAUGUCUCCUUCUUCUAAUUAACCUUUUUCUUCAUACAAGCUGCUUGACAUUCCAUGGGAGGAAAUGUGGUCUUCAUGCAUGGAAACUCCAGAGGAGAACUGGGAAAGCAAUACAGAAGUUCAAUGGAAUCCUAUACCUUGGACAACCAAGUUUGUGCUAACCGUGUCAGACCUGCUGGGAUCAUAGAAAUCUACAAAAAACAGUACCUUAUCUUGACCCUCUAGGCUGUAUGUGAGGUUCAAGCCACUCACUCGGCCCCCGUUUUUGGAACAACAGUUUAAGGAGAUGUAAACACUGAGGUGCCGUGGGAGUUCAGGCCUGUCUGACCACAAGCCUGAGCUCAUUCAGUGGAUAUCCUGCCUUCCCAGGAGACACAGGCAGAUGGGGCUUCUCGUUGCUCAGUCGGAUUCUGAAAUAUACGGAGAUGUUUCAUGUUUCAUCAUCAGUCUGGACCUGCGCAUGAUUAGCUUUCUGUAAACUGUCAACAGGGCAGAGAACAAUUAUACAAGUUUGCACCAGGAUGAGGAUGGAAAGACAGCUAUAAGGCAGCCUUCUUACAUUUCCAACCACCAUCAGCAAAGGGUGCCUGAGUCGGGACACCAGGCAGCACCCCAAAGCCCCUGGAGCUGUGAGCAGUAUCCCUUCUGGGAGUUUGGCUCAGCAGCCUACCCAGAGCAGGGAGCAACCCAGGAAUACGUGGAGCCUUUGAAACAACUGAUUGCUUGCAUUUCUAACAUUUUUCCUCAUACUUCGAGCACCGAAUUACAUAGAAAAUAGCAACAGCCUUUCGCAAAGAAGCGUGGCUGCGCACGGCCGGUCGUUCUAAACUUUGCAGGGUGGGAAUGCUGCGCUGAUUACUGAGGCUGCGUGGGGAAAGGCGGAAGUAACUCCGUAUGAUUGCAGCCAUAUUGACGGCAUUGAAGCAGAACGCCAAACUGGCAUCGAAACUCAAGUACAAGAGCGUCCCAGAGCCCUCUGGGGAGAAAUCAGAGCCUGGAGGGCAAUCUCUCCUGCCAGCACGAGGCUCUGGCAGGUUCAUCCGGAUCAUUUGGCAUGGAGCCCUUUCCAUCCAUCUGCCAAGAGGGGUCUUGGCUUUCCUGCGCAGCUCUAAAGCGGUGAUGGUGCUGAAGUAUAGGCAACAGGUGACUUCCACCGAACUGGCUCAUGAAGGAGAAACAGGAACACACCAGUCCAUGCUGGACAAGAAUGACACCACCUUCCAGCCUCUGCCUGCUUCUGCUCGGAGCACUGGGCAUCUUUGCACUUGGCCGCUUCACCAAAGGUCAGAAGAACAGCACGCUGAUCUUCACAAAGGGAAAUACCAUUCGGAACUGCAGCUGCCCUGUAGACAUCAGAGACUGUGACUACAGUUUGGCCAACUUGAUGUGCAGCUGUAAAUCUGUCCUUCCUUUUGCCAUGGAGCAAACCAGCUAUCAUGACCAUCUGACCAUCUGGUUCACAGAUACGUCCACAUUGGGCCACCUGCUGAAGUUCACUCUGGUCCAGGACUUGAAGCUUUCCUUGUGUGGUUCCAACACCCUCCCUACCGAGUACCUGGCUAUCUGUGGGCUGAAGAGGCUUCGCGUCAAUGCUGAGACCAAGCAUCCCUCCCGGGAGCAGAGCUUGCUCAUCCACAACAGAAGGGAAGGCGGUUCCCUGUACAAAGGCUGGCAAACAUGUAUGUUCAUCUCAUUCUUAGAUGUGGCUCUUUUCAACAGGGACUCAUCUUUAAAGUCAUACAGCAUUGAUAACAUUUCUAGCCUCACCAGUGACUUUCCUGAUUUUUCUUACUUUAAAGCUUCCCCAAUGCCAAACAACAAAAGCUAUGUUGUCACCAUCAUCUACUAGCAUCCACCCACCAGGAACUCUCAAAAACUGACGGACCUUUUGAAGAAGGAAUCUGGGGAGAAGGCCAUGAGACAGGUGUGUUUAUUCCAUCUCUCAGCCUCCAUUUACAACAAAGCCACACCUAAGAGCAGCCAGUUCCCCAGCUCCACUUCCAGUGCUGGGAGCUAUUUGACUCCCGAGACAUGUCCUGAGGGCCAGCGAGAAGCUAGGUCUCUAUAACUGUCGGCCUGCGGACAGAUGCCAGGCUAGAAGGGAGAGGGCAGUGCACACCAGGCACUAUUUAUUGGAGCCCAGUAUAGGCAUGGCCCCAAGGAAGGGAUCUUUUCUCAGAAUACAGUAAUCCUUCCUUACCUGUGUGGGUACAUUCCAGGAUGUACCCUGAUGAUGCCUGAUUGAGCCAACAGUACUAAACCCUGUGCCUACUGUAUUUUUCCUAAAUGUAAGAGACGUAUGACAAAAUCUAACUUAUAAAUUAAGAUCACUGUGGGACUAACAAAAACUGUAACAUACUGUAAGAAAGUUAUGCAAACAUGCUCUCACACACUAUUACAUAGUACUCACUCUUUCCAUGACGAUGGCUUCUCUUUGGCGUAGCCAAAUUUCUAGCGUUGCUGCUUUGCGUGUGAUGGCAAUUAUGGAGUAAAACAUGGACUUCUGAAUACUAACAUGGUAGUCACAAUAGUCGGUUUAAUAACAGAGACAAGCCACUGAGUGCCUGAUGGUUGGGAGUGUGUAUAGUGUUUCUGUGACAGGCAAGGGGAUGAUGAUUCACGUUCUUCACACUCCUCAGAACAACUCAAAGUUGACUACUGACUUCUAAGUGAAACUACAGAUCAGGGACCACUGUGCCUUUUUUCCUUUUCUUCUUCAUUUUUUGACAUGGCCUGGAAUUCCCUGAGUCAAAAAUGAUAGAUUUCAGAGGUUUGAGGACCUAAAUUCCUCUAAAUGACAAAUUCACUCAGGCCGAUAUUUUCCAAAUAGUUGUGAAGAACAAAUGCAUUGAGAAAUUGGCAUUUUAAAAGUGUAUUUAUGGAUAUUGGAAAAGUAGAAUGUCAAAGACUGGAUGGAACCUUAACACUAAAGAAUGCCUUGGGGUUCUAAGAGAGGGCACAUAAGUGAAAAUACACCAGACAACCACACACUUAACCUCAAUCUUUUGCACAAAGUGCUGCUCCAGGCAAGGUUCUUUCCUGGUCCCUCCCUUUCACAGAGCACAGGCUGGACAAGGCUCUCUGGUCCCCCCUUUCACAGAGCACAGGCUGGACAAGGCUCUCUGGUCCCCCCUUUCACAGAGCACAGGCUGGACAAGGCUCUCUGGUCCCCCCUUUCACAGAGCACAGGCUGGACAAGGCUCUCUGGUCCCCCCCUUUCACAGAGCACAGGCUGGACAAGGCUCUCUGGUCCCCCCUUUCACAGAGCACAGGCUGGACAAGGCUCUCUGGUCCCCCCUUUCACAGAGCACAGGCUGGACAAGGCUCUCUGGUCCCCCCUUUCACAGAGCACAGGCUGGACAAGGCUCUCUGGUCCCCCCUUUCACAGAGCACAGGCUGGACAAGGCUCUCUGGUCCCCCCUUUCAUGUCCUCUACUUUGGUUCGAGCAUGUUUGUUCCCUCUAUAUCCUGACUCCUGUCUCUCAUCAUUCGCCCUCCCAUCCUUCUCCCUCUUGCUCCAGGAAUCAGAACUUUGGUUACUGUCAGGAGAACUGUUAAGCCACAUUAUGGAUAGCUUGGGGAUCUAACAAUCACUUCUAACUCGAGGCUCAAAUUAUAAAGAUUUAAUUUUAAAAUGAAAUUUUGGUCCUGAGUCCAUCUGGAAGUUUAAGAUGAGAAAGUUAAGAUACUCCAUAUGAGAUAGUUAACACAAAUUCAUUAUACAUUUUGAUAAAAGGAACCAGAGCAACUAAAAUUAUAGAGACCCAAUUUACCAUUAAUGUGCAAUAUUUUUAAAUACCCAUGGUUCAAAGCUCAAGAGCAUGUGCUGCUCUUCCAGAGGCCAUGAGUCCAGUCUCCAGCAUCUGCACUGGUUUACUCACAGCCAUCUGUAGCUCCAGCUCCAGAGGAGCCAACAGGAACUUGUACAUAUGUGGCGCGCACACACACACACACACACACACACACACACACACACACACACACACACACGGAUAAGGACUAAAACAAACCAUUUAAAACCCAUGCCAGUAGUGAUACAAAUGUCUGAACUUAGAAUAAAACAAAGUGGAAACAUUUAUGAAUUCAUGAUACCAUAAUGGUAAGAAAUAAUUUUAUUGUAAGAUCACAAGUUAGUCACAUUUAUCAUAUUUUUUCCGUCUUAACCUUAACAUAAAGUAACUCAACCUGAAAUUUCUACAUUUGCAUAAUUGACAAGGGAUUUGGCCAUUCAGACUAAUUAAUAUGGGUCCACAAGGUCAGCAUUUAAAUUAGGCCAAACAAAGUCUAAACUACGGAUUUUAAUAGAAAAUGCCAUGGCCUCAUUACUGAUAUAGUUCAGAGGCGACAUUAAAAUUAGGGAAAGACAAAGAGUUGGUAAAGAAAAAAAAAGAGAAGGCAAGAAAGAUGCAAAUAAAAUGAUAAAUUUUAUGUCUUUACCAUCGCUACUGAAUACAUUACAAACUGAAUUUGGAUGGAAGCCUAUUAACAAUGUAUGAAAAAGUGAAGUUAGAAAUUACAUGUGCCCAUAAAGGCCUUCCAUCUGGGAGCUGCUGCUGGCCGAGAGCCUUUCACAUGUGGGUUAUGUGAUUUUUAUGAGAACUGUUGUGGGCCACGUGGGUCGGGACCAGCAGUUUGUCACCUGCAGCCAGCUGGUUCAGGGUUAGCUAUCAUUUUGAAGAUCAGGAAGACAGAUAUCUUCCUUGUAUACUGAAAGGGUAGUAAACAUUGUGAAGAUCAGGAAGACAGAUAUCUUCCUCAUAUACUCAGGGGGUGGUAAACAUUGUGCUGGUGUAUGGUUGUGAAGCACACAACUUGUGAAUAAUAAUAGAUAUUAUCCUUUAUCUUAAGCUCUGUGUACAAUUCUCAAAGAAUGUUUUGUUUGAUUUUUGCCAAAUUCUUGUAUCUAAUGGUUGGAAUUGGUGAGAAAAUAAGGGUCUCAUAUAGACCCCAUUUGAUAUUUUCAUUUAUGUUAGAGAUAAAUGUAACAUUAAGAUACAAAAAUACAUAUGAAUAUCACUUGUUAGUCAAUGAUGUAAAUACUUUUUACAAAAUCAAAUAGUAUUUUCAAAAACUACAGGAAUUUCCUUAAUUUGGAAUACUAUUUGCAAUGUAAAGGUUAUAGAUAUGACACAUUAUAAAUUUAAUCUGUAUUUUUCUAUCAUAUCCAACAAAAUAAAAAAAGACUGUAUGCAGUUCUUUCCGGUUUCAGUUAUGCAAAUGCUGACUAUUAUUAGUUUCAAGCUAUUAAGAGAAUUGAGAAAAGCCUCAGUGUGCUGAGAUACAACUCAGCAGGAGAGAGCUCGCCCAUACAAGUAUGCCUGAUUUAAAUCCCCAGCACAACACACACACAGGCACGCACGCACGCACGCACAGUGCAUGCCCCUGUAGACGCAAUACUCACACAUAACUUCAAGAGCAUGACUACAAGUGCAAUAUAGUUAAGAAAAUUAUAAACCCAUGAAUUUUGCUGUUACAGGGUGUGACUAUGACUUUCUCCAUGAAAUCCAGAACUGAUGAGGAAGAGAGCAGGCAAGAAGAGGGUAGACAGUGGGCAGUGCAGAGUUCACUGGAGGUAGAGUAAGUGGACUGCUCAGGCAGGGUGGGGCAGCCAGCUGUUGGAGAGGACUCAGUAACUCCCAGGGACUUGGGUUAGGGGCCAAGCUGCAGCCGUCAGGCAGGUGGCUGAAGUGGAGUGGUAGUGAGGAGGAUUAUUAAAACUGGUUUAGGCAAUCAAGACUGUGAGGAGGUCUCACUGGAGUAUCGGUGGGGCUAAGAAUAAAUGAAAGAAUGUUCGCGAGCAGCACUGAGAAAUGCAGUUAGAGUGUAGCUAAGAUGAUAAGCUGUGUUGACUUCAUCUUCUCCAUUUUUAAAGUGCAGGCAAUGUUUUCAGUUAGAAAAGCUUACUUGGAAGUCCACUUGAGUUUUAAUAAAUUCAAAGCUCUAUCUCACUCUUCUCCCUAUAAUCACGCUAUAUACUCUUCCUGAAUAUUUAUUACACAGCUUUGCUGGCUUCUGGUAAAACUCAAAAUAUACAUACGCAAAAAGAAAUACUAAUUCUGUUUUAUACCCAUAGGGGAUAUUUAUAAACCUGUUGUCUUAAAAAAUUUAUGCACUUUAAAAUUCUCCUGCAGUGGGGAAAUAACAUAUAGAUGACAGUAAUAUAACAUAGGCCAUAGGCAGGUUCUUUUAAAAAAGGAUGCAUUGAUAAUUUUGCUUUUUCACUGGUCAGACAUGCAUUUAAAGUAUGCAUUAUGGAUUAGAUUGUAUUCAAUACAUUUAGAUGCUACUGAAUGUAGUCUAAAUCUAAACAAUUCUAAAAGUUAACCUGAGUCUAAAAGAACUUUGGUUCUGAGUUACUCUGCUUCUGAGAUGUGAGACAAUGACCUGGAUAGAGUGCCGUCAAUGCUCAUUUUGUAUGACAUGUUCUAGGAAAAGUACUUCAGGAGACAGGUACUCUGGAGUUACUGUUGAUUGUCAUGCAAGAUAAUGUCCUGUCUUCAUUCUGGAAAUCCUUAAACACUCUCUAACAAUAAAGAUACUUGAUGGCCAUUGCUA